GACAAGCUGCGACUGCACCAUGAUGGAUGAGCUGGUGCAGGACCUGGUGUCUGCUCUGGAGCAGACCUCAGAGCAAAGCAAGCUGGGGGAGCUGUGGGAGGAAAUGGUCCUGAGUCCUCUGCACCAGCGCCGGCAGAUCCGCCGCCGCAGAGGCCGCAAGCGCUACCGCGAAUCUUCCCUCUAUCCGCUGGAGCACAGACGAUGCUGGAUCGAGGCCUCAGAGUCCAGCCUCGACGAGACUAAAGGAUACCGGGGGAACUCUUCCUCAGCCAUUGCUGCCUCUGUGGCCAACUGCAGUGACUCUGACGACGUGACUUCAACCAGCCGAUGGCGCUCCGUCAUGAGAGGCCCGGUCAGGACUAGGCAGCCCUCAUGGCCAGAGUCUGACUCCUUCACCGAGAACAAUCCAGGACGGCAACUCAGGAGGAGGAGGAAGGUGAAACGCAUGACCUCAGACGUCACAGUUAGGCUGCAGCAGAAGUUAAAAGUCUCUGGUGUGGACGGGAAACGGAGACACAGGCCGUCUAGGAUGCAGCAUCUGUCAGGAUCGAAGAAGAGGUCUGGCGGUUGGGUGGGAGCGGACCGACAGACCGAAGGAGCCAGGCUGAUGGGAAAGGAGUGCUGGAAGAGGAAGAUGGCCAAGGAACACAGAGACGCUGCAGAUGACAACAUGUCCGAUGGGGAAACCAGCAGUUCAUGCAGCAGCGACCCCGGCCUGUUCACCAACGAUGAGGGAAGACAAGGCGAUGACGAGCAGAGUGACUGGUUCUUUGAGGGGGACUGUGGAGUCGGGGCAGGCGUGGCCAGCCUACUACCCAGCUGGGACUCCGACAACCAGCUUUCCCUGGAGGACAGCCGCCCCCCACCCACAUUCCUGCAGCCUGCACGGCCCUCUCAGAGAGGGUAUCGAUAUCAUUCACGUCUGAAACGAGUGCCUGGCUCUGCUGCCUGCUGCAUCAGGAAGGAUAGAAGACGGCUUCCCAGCAAGGGCAACAGCAUGCCAGUGUUUGUAGAGAGACUGAGACACUUCUCCCAAGAUCCUUACCAGAGAGACUUUUGGCUGCCUUCUGUUGGGAAGCGAGACCGAAGCCAGUUGAACCCUUUGUGCCCAUUACCAGUGUGUCCUAUUGACAUGAUGUCAGAGAGCUCCCAUCUCAGAUGUUCCUCCUCAAUCUGCAGAAACAGGCAGACUAAUGUUUCCUGUGCAUACUGGUCCCAGAGUGACAUCAGGAGGAGGAGGGAAAUAGAAGCUGUGUCCAUCACAACAUCAGCUCGCAACCCAUUUCAUAAGGAUCAUCGGGGAGAAGAGGCACAGGGAGCCAGUAACACCUUAACCCUAGAGACUGUGGGGCCAAGUGCAGCAGGUUCACAGAGUUUAUUUUCUCUCCAGGGGGACCACGAGGAGCGUGAACGAGGCUGGACAAGCACACUUAAGUGACAAAGAAAAAACUGUGCCAGAGAACAAAACCGCCAAAACUCCUCUUGCUGCACAAACUUAAUGAUAAAAUCACAUCGUUACUCCUCAAAUCAGCAUGUUACUGCUAGAUCCAGUCCUUCCAGGUAGUAUAUUAAGCAUGACAAAUGUUAAUGCAAUCAAGCCUUGUUAAGCCCCUCUGCCAUCUCCUCAAAGCAGCUUCAAGAGGCUCCUCGUUUGACUCAAGACUGGAAGGCUCCUCCUGUUUCCACACACAGUCUCCAGGCCACCUGCUACCACACAAUCCAACAAUUACGUCCACUCUAGUAGCGCAGCGUUUGUCAGCAGGAACAGUGGGAGGAUGGUCAGGUGAGGCUGUGUGGCCGUGAGGGGGGUCUGCUCCACUUUACGGCAGCUAACAAAGGCCGUGCAGGCAACACGUACAGGAGCUACCUCCGAGACAGGAGAGCAUCAGAAUGUCGAGCGACCACAUGCUGCUACGGGGUUCAGAGAGACGACCACCGGUAGAGAGCCACACAAAGUACAGGCCUCCUAUUAGCAUGGAUUUGAAAAGCUACAGUUUGUACAAAGGUGCUCAUUAGCACAACACAGAGGGAGUGUAGUCGCGGUCCUCGGAGGGCCGCCUCUGUUCUCUUCAGCUUACCUUCCAUAUUCAAAUUUCCCCAAAUGUAUUUAAGUUCAAGGCCAGCUGCAAAUCUGUUUGAACAGCCUGUUUUUCAGCAGUGGUGGUGGAUGAGUUGCUUUUGGAGCUGUGCUGAGUUGGAGGGGCGGGCGGAGACCGGAGAGGAGAGGAGAGUCUGUCGCACACUAGAUCCUCACCUACCCUUGGGGUAUACAUUUCCCCGGCUCCCUCGGCAUCAGAUGCAUUAAAAGAUCAAUGGCAGCAUACCGUGAGAUCAAACACAACGCUGGUAAACAAGCAGUAUUUUCAGAAAAAUGCAUUUUCAUAUAAGAGUCAAGUAAAGAACAUUCUGAUUGACCUAAACCACACAGGUGAUAACUGUCUUUAAAAACACACAUGCAUACUUCAUACCACACAGAAUAUCUUUAAAACAUAUUUUAAACAUAAACAGUAUUCAUUUUCACAGCUAUUUUAGAUACUAUUUUAGAACUAUCAAUAUAACUCUAAUUGAAACGUUUUAAAAAUGGCAAAGUCCACAUCACAACUAUAACGACGACAGUGGCAAACAGUAUUGUUCUCAUUAUGAGAGCCAAUAUACAUCAUCAAACAUGGAAAAAAUAUGUGUUAAUAAGUAGGGCUGUGCAUCUUCACUGGUCUCACGAUUCAAUUACGAUUAUCUAGUCCACGAUUCAAUUUGAUUCUCCGAUGCAUCACAAUGCGUCACAUCCUUGAUUUUUUUAUAUUACAACACAUUACUUUUUCAUCAAUAAAUACUACUGGUCUGAUAAAAGUAGGUUCACUUUUUCAUAUUUAAAGUGCUUUACAAAAGGUAUAGCCGACUUUUGGAGUCAAGUUGUAACUUCUAACAACUUCCUGCUGCUCUAAGAACAUUCCUGAUAACCAAAAUUUCUCUAAACCAAAAUAAAUAGUAUAGGCCCAGUCUACUACCCACAUUAUCUGUCUGAUUAUCGAUUAUCGAUAAUGGACUGUCACUGCUUCAAUGCAGAAUCAUCCACAUCUGGUUUGCGAUGCAUCGAUUGUACAAUUAUUUUCAACACCCCUAUUAAUAAGACACCAGAACUGACCCACAAGCUGCAAACAUUCUGCAUCAUGAAAGCACAGUUGUCAGGACUGAGCGCUGUGGCGUGCCUCAAUGAUAUUGCAUGCUGAUAUCGUCACAAUUAGGUUAAAAAAAAAGAAGGUAGUUUUAGCUAAGAAAAAUUAACACUAAGCUUAUCUGAAAUCUCCCCAGCAACAGAAAGCACAGGUAUGCACCUCCUAUAAUGAUUACAGGAUACCUUUUUCAUGAAACGAACUGCAUUUUAAUCAGCUACAUUCUACAUGGUCUUUUCAGACACUUUAAAGCCUUAUUUAAGAGAAGAAUCGCAUUUAGUAGAAUGAGAUUUGCCAAUUAACGUGAGUUAUACGUCUGCAAUAAUCUGUCUGAGAAGGCUUUAUGUGAUCAUGUUGGCCAGGGAUGACAUUUAUAAAUGCUGUGUGUGCACACUCGUCUAAAUGGAUGCCUCACACAAGACAUCCUGCCACAGGAAUCAGUCAAAGUGUUGAGGCAGAGAGCACCCCCUCCCCACACACACACACACACACACUCCUGGCUACUGCUGCUGGGCCCGCUGCUGCAGCUUGACCAGGGGGUCCGGCAGCACCGUGGGCUCUUCACGCGACAGGAAUGCAUUCAUAAUUACCAAAAAGGAUAAAGGAAGAUAAAUACAUUGGUGGCGUCUUCAAGACAUAUGCCCCUGGACGUGGUGACAAGUAUUGACUGUGUAGUGUUUUAAGGAGAGCUUCUCGCCAUUGCCCGAUCCGUCAGUCUGUGUUUCGGUGCCAACACAUUGACAGGGAAGGAAGACGCAUCAGUUCAGAUGCACUUCCAUUAGUAGCAGGAGGGGGAACACCUCUCCUGCCAGUCUGGUAAUUAGCAGCCACCAUAAUGACAUCUCAGCCAGGCUGUAUGCCCCCAAAAUGUAUUUCCAAUGGCCAGGAAGUGGGGGAAUGGCUUCCGUGCAGCCAGUCAAUUGCCCUGUUACAGUUAAGGAAUCCAGCAGGCUGGUACCACUCAUAUUUCAUCCCAGGUAAAGAUUACCUGUCAGGCCCAUGGGAGAUGUAUUGAUCUGUUUUCCUUUUUCCGCCAGCAAUCACCUGACAAAGGCACCUAGGAGGCGAGUGAAUGAGUGAUGCCUGGUCUGUCUGCUCCAGCAGCGUAGUGGCUUCUAGUGUCCACUGAUGGGUGGAGAGGUGAUGAGGAAGAGGAGAGAUAAUGCAGUCAUAAACUCUGUUUGAACCUCCUCUGUAUGCAUGCAGGGCAGCCCCUUGCUCCCCCCCGGUGUCACAGGUCAGUAGGGAAUUUGCUCUUUUUUUUUGGCUUCUUUCUUGUCGGUGGCGUUUGUUCUUGCUGUGUAGUGAUGAUAGAAACACAUGCAAAAGAGGCUCUCUGGUUCCUGCUGACAAACGCAUGUUGCGAGUCACCGUAGUUCAACUCACUUUGGGUUUCCCGUUUGAUCUGGGCACCCUUCUCGCCAUGAAAUCCAACCUUGUGUGGGCAGGUGUCCCUGUGAUUGUCAGUGUGGCCAUGCUGCACUAUCAAUGAUCAAUAUAUUUCACAUUAUCUCGUGGGUUUUUUUGGCAGCUAAAAGUAUUUAUAUAUUUGCCUUUUUCAGUGGAAUGUCAGAGUUGAUAUUAUCCAUGAAGCAUUUAAAGUGAUUGCACUGUAUAAUGUGUAGUAUUUAUGAUGUGAUGCAUAAUUAUAGGUCCAUUAAUUGAGGAUUUAGGUCUAAGGACAUUAAACUCAUAAAUUCAAUUUCAUGAUAGAUAGUAGGGUAGAUAUGUCUCUCUCUAAUUUUUUACUGUCGUAUUUUUUAAUUUCAUUUACAAGGAUUUAAAUAUAUCUCCCUGAUAUCAGGGCUCUUAGGCAGCUAUCCACAUUUGAUACGUAGUACAAAUAGCAUCUUAUCUUAUAGGCCGUUAUCUUUAUAUUUAAUAGCAGCGGAGGCAUGCCUAAUUGCUUUGCAAAUGAUCUAAAGAGGAUUACUCCUCCCUUAGAAAGCCUACACGGUGUCUAGAUGUUAGAGAGACAUCACAAUGGUAACAUUCAGUCAAACCUGCAGUGCAGCGUUUAUGCAGUAGCUGUUUUCUAUCAUGGUGUUAUGUCAAAAUAAAUGUCAGCAUGAGGUGGAUACUCUGCUUUGAUCGUGAUUAUGGACUAUUAUGGAUAAGAAGUUGUUGUUCUGUUUAUGUCAUUUGUGUAUUUUCAAAAUGAUAUAAAUGGGAUUUUUUUUUUUUUAAGAUGAUGUAAAGACUUCAUGUCAUAUGUGAUGUUAUGAUCAUUCCUCCAUGUCAUGAGUAUUCACGGGAAAAAAAACUGCAGUAUCUAUUUAUUUCAAAUACUGAAUUUGUGUGCAAUAAAUGAGUGAUUAUGA